AUGGGCGACACUCGCACACCUGCCAAGACGCCGUCGCUGUCGAGGAAGCCCAGCUCGGCCUCCUCCUCGACGUCGACGGCACGGAAACAACAAAGCAUUCUCGGCUUCUUCGCCAAAGCUUCCCAGAAUCCCGCUGCCUCCUCCGCCUCCUCCGCCUCCAGGCCUGCCACCACACCUAGUGCGCCCAAGGACUCGCCCGACUCCUCGUGCCUUAAGGAGACCACAAAGUCCAAUUCCCUCCAACUCUCCAAGCCCAAAAAGGCCUCCAACGUCACCCCCGUCCCCAGCAGCGACGCACUGGAACCCUCGAGCUCGCAGGAGAACCACGACUCGGCCACCCCAAAGGUACCAGGCCACUCUUUGCCCUCGCCCAUGACGCCUGCUGAGGUAGUCAUCAAGCAGCCUCUCUCCGCCAAGGUCACAGCCGCCAUGGCCAGCAGUCCUACGCGAAAGGCGAAGAAGUCCGUCAGUUAUGCCGAGUCCUCCGACAAUGACGACGACCAAGAUGUCUUCGAAGCCAUGAAGGCCUCCCAGGCCCGACGUCGUAGUCGACAACGGUCCAAGGUGGUCGAGGACGACGAGGACGAUUACGAGGAAACCAAAGGCGCCGCUGUCGGCGAAGACGAAGAUGGUAUGUCUAGUCACAGGCGGGAUUCUGUCCAUGAUGGGUUUUCAUUGACGCUCGGAACAGACGAGAUGGCCGACUUUGUCAUCUCUGACGACUCCGACGGCCCAUCCAAGAAGCGAAAGCGCCCAGCCAAAACCCCCACUGCGAGGAAGCGAUCGCACGCAUCCCCGCCUGUCCAUAAACAAGAAGACGAGGACGAGGACGAGGACGGGCUCUUGGAGCAUGACGAGACCAUAGAAGACCUCCCUACCUCUACAGCUCAACAAUGGCGAUUCGACCCGGACAGCGUCGACCCCGUGAAACCGAGGACUACCGCUCAGCUGGUCCCCAGGGCUUCCACGGGCAAGGUCAAGGCACACACCCGCGAGCCCGAAGAACGGUAUACGUGGCUGGGGAAGAUCAGCGACAUCAACCGUAACCCGCCAGGCCACCCGGACUACGACCCGGCCACCGUCUACGUGCCUCCGGCUGCCUGGGCAAAGUUUUCGGCUUUCGAGAAGCAAUACUGGGAGAUCAAGCAGAAGCUGUGGAAUACGGUGGUCUUCUUCAAGAAGGGGAAGUUCUAUGAGCUGUAUGAAAACGAUGCGACCAUCGGCCACCAGCUUUUCGAUCUAAAACUCACUGACCGCGUCAACAUGCGCAUGGUCGGCGUCCCCGAGAGCUCACUGGAAAUGUGGCAGAACCAAUUCAUCGCCAAGGGCUACAAGGUUGCGCGGGUCGACCAGAUGGAGACGGCGCUGGGCAAGGAGAUGCGGGAGAGGGUCGACACCAAGGCCAAGAAGCAGGACAAGAUCAUCCGGCGAGAGCUGGCGUGCAUUCUGACCGGCGGCACCCUGGUGGACGGCAGCAUGCUCCAGGAUGACGCGGCGACCUAUUGCGUGGCCAUCAAGGAAUCCGUUGUUGACGACCACCCAGCAUUCGGCAUUGCUUUUGUCGACGCUGCUACGGGCCAAUUCUUCGUGUCCGAGUUUGAGGACGGCGUCGACCUGACCAAAUUCGAGACCUUCGUGGCCCAGACCAGUCCGCGAGAACUGCUGCUCGAAAAAUCUCGCAUCUCACCCAAGGCUCUUCGCAUCCUCAAGAACAACACAUCGCCUGCUUGUAUCUGGAACUACUUCAAACCAGGGUCCGAAUUCUGGGAGGCCGAACUGACCCGGCGGGAGCUCGGCUGCAACGGCUACUUUGCGUCCGGGCAGGAGGGGCAAGACGAAGUCUGGCCGGAGGUCCUGGCCAAGGCUAGAGACAAUGAUCUCCUGAUGUCCGCGUUGGGCGCUCUGGUUCAGUACCUGCGUGUGCUCAAGAUCGAGCGAAACCUGUUGUCCCAGGGCAACUUUACAUGGUACAGCCCAAUCCACAAGAAUGGGACGUUGAUCCUCGACGGCCAGACCCUCAUCAACCUCGAAGUCUUUGCCAACUCGGUCAACGGCGGCCAGGAAGGGACGCUGUUCUCUCUCCUCAACCGCUGCAUCACGCCCUUUGGCAAGCGGCUCUUCCGCCAGUGGGUGUGUCACCCUCUUUGCAACAUCCAGAAGAUCAACGAACGGUUGGACGCCGUCGACAUGCUCAAUGCCGACCGGAGCCUGCGAGAGCAGUUUUCCUCGCAGAUGAGCAAGAUGCCCGACCUCGAGCGACUCAUAUCGAGGAUCCAUGCCGGCGCGUGCCGGCCCGAAGACUUUGUCAAAGUCCUCGAGGGUUUCGAGCAGAUCGAGUACACCAUGAGCCUGCUCGAUGCCUUUGGCGGCGGCAACGGCCUCGUCGACCGCCUCAUCGCAGCCAUGCCGGACCUCAACGAACCUCUGUCGUACUGGAAGUCUGCUUUCGACCGCAGGAAGGCUCGGGAGGAGAAGAUGCUGAUCCCAGAGCGGGGCAUCGAGGAAGACUUUGACCAGAGUCACGACCGGAUCGUCGAGAUCAAGGACGAUCUCCAGACACUGCUCGACAAGAAGAAGGUCGAGCUGAAGAACAAGUCGCUGAAGUUUACCGACGUCGGCAAGGAGGUGUACCAGAUAGAGGCUCCCAAGUCUGUCAAGGUGCCUAAGGACUGGCAGCAGAUGUCGGCCACUGCCAGCGUCAAGAGGUACUACUUCAAAGAGUUGACCAGCCUUGUCCGACAGCUGCAGGAGGCCGAGGAGACGCACUCGCAGCUCGUCCGCGAGGCUGCACUGCGUCUGUUGAAGCGCUUCGACGUGGACUACGAUACCUGGCUGCAGGCCAUCCGUAUCGUGUCGCAGCUCGACUGCCUCGUCGGUCUCGCCAAGGCGUCGUCGUCACUGGGUGAGCCCAGUUGCCGGCCGGUGUUCGUCGACGAGGAGCGGAGCGUGGUCGAGUUCAACGAGCUGCGACACCCGUGCAUGCUCAGCACGGUGGACGACUUCAUCCCGAACGACAUCGUACUCGGCGGCGGCUCGGCCAAGAUCAACCUGUUGACGGGCGCCAACGCUGCUGGCAAGUCUACGAUCCUGCGAAUGUCCUGCACGGCCGUCAUCAUGGCCCAGAUCGGCUGCCACGUGCCCGCCAGGUCUGCGCGUCUCACGCCGUGCGACCGCAUCAUGUCUCGGCUAGGGGCCAAUGACAACAUCUUCGCGGCGCAGUCGACAUUCUUCGUCGAGUUGUCGGAGACCAAGAAGAUCCUGUCCGAGGCGACGCCGCGCUCUCUAGUGAUCCUCGACGAGCUGGGACGCGGAACAUCUAGCUACGAUGGUGUUGCUGUGGCUCAGGCCGUGCUACACCAUGUCGCCACGCACAUUGGGUGCGUGGGUUUCUUUGCUACACAUUACCACUCUCUCGCAACCGAGUUCGACAACCACCCCGAGAUCAGAGCAAAGCGGAUGCAGAUCCACGUCGACGAGGAGCAGAGACGUGUGACGUUCCUCUACAGACUGGAGGACGGGGUGGCCGAAGGCAGUUUUGGCAUGCACUGCGCGGCCAUGUGUGGUAUUUCCAACCGCGUCAUUGAGAGGGCCGCGGUUGCCGCCAAGGAGUGGGAGCACACCAGCAGGCUCAAGGAGAGUCUGGAGCGUGCGCGAGAGGGAUGCUACAUCCCGCUGGGCAUGUUGAGCGACGUUGCCGCCCUGCUUGAUGAGAAGAAGGGCAAGGAGGUUGGUAUGAAGGGCCUCGACGUGCUUGUGCGAGCGAUCGAAGCCCUACGUCAAGACAGCCGAUACAAACCAUAUUGGUGUUUCUACCUAGCUGGCUGGCCUGCUGGCUCGGUCGUUCGCGCUCCCUAUCGCACCCCUGCCGGCAGUCAGCAGCCCGAGAUAGCAGGCCGUCAUGGCACAGUCGCAUUGUCGCUGUCCAUGACCAUGAAGGCACCGUCAGCAACCCAGCUGAGAUGGAGACUCACCUCUCUGCACUCAUGGGAGCUGCCCAAGCAGACCGGGACGCUUGCUCCGCCUCACAUCUGGACGAAUCGUGAUAUGGGUAUGGCCCCCUGCUCCGACCCGACUCCGAUUGAGGAUCAGACGUGGAACACCUGGAGUAUCCUGGCCUACUGGGCUACCGACACCAUCAACCUGGCGACAUGGCAGACGGCCUCGGCAGUGCUCGCGGUCGGCCUGUCAUGGCAAGAGGCGAUUCCCAUCAUGGUAGUGGGAAACUUUUGCGUUGCGGUGCCGCUUGUACUCAACGGAGCAAUUGGUGCCAAGCUGCACGUCCCCUUCUCCGUCAUCGUCACCAGCAGCUUCGGGUUCUAUCUGCGCUACUUUUGUAUUUUCAGCAGGGCCAUCCUGGCCAUGUUCUGGCUUGGUAUACAGAGCGCAAACGGGUCCCAGUGUGUGACCAUCAUGUUUCGUGCCUGGGCGCCUUCUUACAACGACAUCCCCAACCAGCUACCGGCGUCCGCAGGCAUCACCACCCAGGGCAUGAUCUCGUACUUUAUCUUCUGGGUGAUCCAGCUGCCGCUCCUCCUGAUCCACCCGACGAAGCUGCGGCCGCUCUUCUGGGUCAAGCUGACGGCGGCGCCCGUCGCGGCGCUCGCCAUCAUGGGCUGGUCCAUCCGGGAAGCGGGAGGCGGCGGCGACAUCUUUGCCCUGCGCGCCGCUGUCAGUGGACCGCAGUACGCCUGGCUAUGGCUGUCGUGCAUGUCGAGCGUCACGGGGACUUGGAGCACGCUGGCGGUCAACAUCCCCGACUUCACACGUUACGCCAAAAGCGCCAGGGGCCAGUACGUGCAGCUUCCGGCCAUGCCCCUCAUCUUCACGGCCUGUGGCGUCAUCGGGAUCGUGACCACCUCGGCGUCCAAGGUGUUUAGCGGCGAGUACCUCUGGAACCCGCUGGACAUCGUGGCCAUCUGGCUUGACUACGGGUCCGGCGGCCGGUGCGCGGCCUUCUUCGCCGCGCUCGCCUGGUACGUGGCCCAGGUGGGCACCAAUAUCACGGCGAACAGCAUCUCGGCUGCCAACGACCUGACCGUGCUGUUUCCGCGCUGGGUCAACAUCCGACGGGGCUGCAUGAUCGCCGCGGUCAUAGCCGGCUGGGUGCUAGUGCCGUGGAAGAUACUGAGUUCGGCGCAGACUCUGCUCGCCUUCCUCGGUGGGUACGCCGUCUUCCUGGGCCCCAUGGCUGGCAUCAUCGCCGCGGACUACUGGCUGGUCAAGAGCCGCCAUAUCGACAUCCCAGGUCUAUACAACCCGGCCGGCAGGUACCGUUACGUCGGCGGGUGCAACUGGCGUGCGGCCGUGGCCUUCUUGGUCCCCGUGGCACCGCUUCUCCCCGGCCUGGCCCUCAGCAUCAGCGGGCCCGGCGUCGUGCAUAUCAGCGACGGUGUGACGAACCUAUACACGUUCAACUGGUUGUUCGGCUUUGUGACCUCGAUCGUCCUGUACACGGUGCUUAGCUACGCGAUGCCGGCCAGGGAGACUCUCCUGAAAGACAGCGUUUGGGAUCUCGAUGGGACGGCAAUCGAAGCUAUUGCACAAGAGAGCGAUGCGGAAGAUGGUCACGGAAUUAAGGGUGAUAACAUGCGGAAGAUGGAUGCCUAG